AUAUUUGAGCAACAUGGUGGGCAAAACGUGAUAACUCCACUUCUGAUACCAAGAAACAAAUUCUAUGAAAACUUUGACAAUUGUGUGAAACUGAUGGAUCACCACGGAUGUAUUGUUUGUUUAUCUUACGACCUUAGGGUUCCCUUUGCAAAAUAUGUAGCUUGCUUAUCCCAUAUUCACCUACAGGGUAUGAUACACAGAGAUCUGAAACCAGCUAAUAUUUUUUUGGAUUCUGGAGAUCACGUUAAAAUUGGCGAUUUUGGGCUGGCUACUACAAGUAUAAUAUCAAAACCAACUGAGAACACUUCAUCCAACAGUCCAGAAAAAGUUGAUAAAGAAGACACUGCAGAUGAAAGUAAAACAGGCUAUGUAGGUACCGCUCUAUAUGCAGCUCCAGAGAUUAGUUCCAAAACUAAAAUUUACAAUGAAAAAGUCGAUAUUUAUAGUUUAG